AUGACGCGAAAAUCACAUAAAAAAUCAAGAAACGGCUGUGUCGAAUGCAAACGACGGCAUAUCAAAUGCGACGAAACGAAGCCGCAGUGCACCAACUGCGUCGUGGUGGAACGGACCUGCGAAUACGCAGCAAUACGGCGUCGCAAACCUCCCCAAGCACGACAAGGCCGCGUGGAAGCUCGCAAAUCGACUCCGGAUACGCUUCGCACAGAGACACCUCGCCCCCCUGAGAAUCUCUCACCAACCGUUUGCCCUACUACCGAUGCAAUCGUCAGCGCAGCGAGUACGCCGGCGCAAGGCGCCUCGGCCGUGUCGCCUGAGCACAGCCUCGCAUCUGCUAAUGCGUCGGGUCCGGAUGCGUCUGUGAAUAUCCAUCACAUGCGCCUCAUUCUUCACUUUUCGCUACCCACAGCCGUUCCCGAGAUUCCCGACCAUCUCGCCAAGGGCGGCACUGAGCUCGUGCUGCGAGUUGCCUUGGAGACGCCCUAUCUGCUUCAUCAGAUCCUGGCCUUGUCGGCGCGGCACCUCGCCCAUGUGCAUCCGAGCGAGUUCCAAUUCUACUACGGACAGGCUUUGAAUCUGCAGACCAAGGCUAUCGAAGGGUUCAGCGCCUCGCAGCCCCUCACCAGCGACGCAUGCAUGCCCGCCGUCCUCUUCUCGUCCCUUCUCUCUCGCCACUCGUUGGUGGACACGCUCAACAACACGCGACAAGGCGACUUUGCCGCGUUUCUCGACAGCUUUGUGCAGUGCGCGCAGCUUCAGAGAGGGAUCCGCGCCGUCGUUUCUGGCGUGUCCUGGUCGAGCCUGCUCGAGUCCGACCUCGCUCCUCUGCUCGAAUGGGGGGCGCGCAGCGCGCAUCAAGCGGCACGCGGCCAUGAAUUCGAUCAGCUCCUGCGGCUCAUUGCCAUAACCCCAGGGUUGGACCCUGUAUCCCGAGAAUCGUGCCGCACCGCCGUGUAUCAUCUUCAAGUCGGCCUCGAUGAGCUGACCAGGCCCGUGUCGGGCAAGAAUUCGUAUCAGAUGCUGUUUAGCUGGAACAUCUAUCUGCCAGAGGAAUUUAUUGAUUUACUUGCGCAGCACCGGCCUGAAGCGGCUGCUAUUAUGGGCUGGUAUGCGGUGCUGCUGCACCACGGUCGACAUUUGUGGCAUAUUGGCGAUGCCGGCGAUUUUAUUUUAAGAUCUUUGGUCGACUUUUUGGGUGUUGAGUGGUCGCAUUGGCUAGAGUGGCCACGAUCCAUGGUGCAGAGCUGA